CCUCCAGGCUCAGGAAAACGAAAUAGCAUGCUACCUACACUCUUAUCAAUGGCUCAUCCUGCCAAUGCUGUCAUGAGAUGGCAUCAGAAUCACAUGGAUCAUAAACAGAAACAACCUUAUUGGAUGACUGUAGGUGUAGCCAGUGACGAAAAGGUGAAACGGCCCCAGGCUAACACAUCUGGUAGUAAACCAAGCGUUGAGGUUGAGCCUGACGCCGAAGCUACAUUAGAAGAUAUCAAACAGACUUUCUUAAAGACACAGAAGAAACUAGCCAGAGAAGCUCUACAGGAUCUUGAACGACUUGAUAGGGACAGACAACGUGUGAUAAAACACAAGUUUCAGGUGAUAACAUUAAGCCCUUUAUUUGAGAAGACGGUGUUUUAUCUACAAUCAGCUAGAGCUCAUCAGGCUGGCCCUGUUAUGACUAUUGAUGACAGUGACGAAAUCAAACUAUCUCCAUGGUACAUGGAUCUGAAAGCAAGUGUCGAGGAUGUAUUGGGCAAACAUGACACGGAUGUCGUCAAUCUUUUCAAUAAACUCUCACAAUUUUCACUUGAAGAUGGAAAAUCAAUUCCUAAUGCAAAGGAGAAGCUAUGUUUACUAGUGAUGUCAAUGCCGGCGAGUGAUCUCCUAACCAUUCCUAUGCAGCUCGCAAUCGUCUUCGUACUCGAAGAGAUCCUGUGGGCUCCUCCACGUGCUCUAGCACAGUGGCUGCAUCACAAGAAAGUACCCCUGAUCAUCGACAUCGAUCUACAAUCAACAACGUAGUCGUCCAUUGUACAAGUUUCAAUUAGUCUUCUUUUGAGCAUUGUCUUUGUUGACAAUAGAACAUGGUGGAAUCAGUGUUUUCAGCAUUAAAAAUAAUGUUCCAUCAGUAUAGUCUGCCUGGACUUUAUUUUUUAAAAACAAAACUAUUAGACACUUGCAUUGAUCUUGGAUUUUGGAUCUUGGAUGAAGUAUUAGGAGAAACUAUGUUUGGAGAAACAUAAAAGAAAGUUUAGUCAGCUUCUAAUUAGUAAUGUAGUACAAGUUUCUUUGAGAUAUUAUCUAAAUCUAUUGGAAAUGUAAAAACCGGCAUAUAAUUUCUUGUUGAAAUACAAAAUCAAGUCGGAUUUAGGUGGAGCAUCGAUUCAUAUGCAUAUUCUGUCAAGAAAAAUUAAUAAUAUGUCCAUUUAUAUAGCGCAGUUACUAUGUGCAUAUACUCAACUGCGCUUUGAUACUUGGUAUCAUAUUAUUACCCCAGUUGUAGCUGAGCCGCCAUAUUAAUAGGCGCUAGAGCAUUAAAUUGACAGGAGCUUGGACAUUUUUGCAGUUACUGGAACAUUUGAGAAUCAAAAUUCCAUCAACAAUGAACAGAAUUUCAUAUUGCUGCGUGAUGAACUUAGGUUGUUUUGGUUUAUAGAAUUAAAACUGAGCAUGAGAAGUUAGAAAGCAAAAACAACAUCUGCGAAGCGCAACGACAAAAAGAGCUAGUCCUUGCCAGCGAUGAUGAAGAGCAAAUGUGAUAUUAUGUCUUGAUGUAACUAAUAAAUGAUUAUCAAAAGCACAAUUUUGAAGAAUAGUUCAUUCAUGUUAAGAUAAAUUAAAGAUAAAUUCCAGUUUUGGUAACGAUCUCCAAAUGACUUUUGACAGAAUCUGA